AAAUGGGACGGGGGGCGGCCGCGACUCUAGGUGCAACGCACACGGGCGGCCACGAAUUUCCGGUGCCACCCUCUGCGACGCGCCAAGCUGCGCUGCGGUGAUCCAUGAUUGCGUCGCAGCACGCACUGGGCUGGCGUAAGCAUCCGCAGCUGCAAGCACCCGAGAUGAAACGGACCGCUUCUCAGUCUCACGCUCCCGCCCAGCCCAAGCGAGCCCUACCCCGGAGCGCAUCAAACCGCCGCCAACCUCGCGACGCCUCUGCGCUGGACCCUACGAUAAUUUCCGCGGGCGGAGAAGCGACUCCUUCAUUUCCCCUGCGCAUCAGUCGAGCUCGUUCGCUCGGCCCGCGUCCAUGGGCGAGGCUACGCGCGAACGCGCUGGGUGCCCCCCACGCCCCGUUCGUCCCGCGCACCACCACCAUCCAUAUCGUCGUCAUAUGUCGCCGUGUGCUGCCUCCCGACCCGCGCUGGACGCCUUCUGAAGCUCUCGUCCGUAGCCUCCCUACCGCUCCCGCCUUUUUCUCCUGACACACGACAGCACGGCUUGCCCUCAGGCCGCUGCAUACCCGGCCGUGGAUCGCUGCGAGAAACGGCCUCAAAACGCCCGCCCCAGGCUCCGUUGCCGCCAUCAUCUGCAGCGAUCAUAGCAAACAGUGGAUCGGCCCCUGCGUCACGGCCCAGGGCCAGCCUAUCCGGCUGGCCUCAGCACCGCGGGCGUCGUG